CUCUACCACAAGUAAACUACCUGCCGCUCAGCCUGCCGCGUUUGCCGUUGGAGAUGACGUAGAUCGGCUUUGUGCCACGUCUUGGCUAUAGCGUUAUAGGUUUCUUGCUUUCUCGUCAGAUGCGCACUCUUGAUAUUGCGAAUACUCGGGAUCUUGGGCUACACCGCGUCAUGUCAUAGUAACUUACCCCAGGAAUCAACGGCGACGACCACUUUCGACCACUUGCAUCCACCAUCCACCAACCGCCACCAACCCCCCCCCACCCUGCCGCCAUCAGCCUCUUGGCAAUCGGGCGAGUCCGGGUCAUUCCUGUACACGCCGCUUGCGUCUCGCCGGUGAUCACGGUCUCCCCUGAGCGUCGAUGUUGGGGAUCGUCUCCACGUUCGGCACUUGCGGGGGGGGUUUGUGGGGUACUUGGACCAUAUACCCCGCAGAACUAUGCGUUUUUGUUGGGGAAAGCUCCUCUUCCAUGUUUCCCCGUAUUCCCCAUAUUCCCCAUGCAUGUCUCAUGCAUGUCUCAUGCUCGGAACUUGACCGACAGCACCAUCGAGCCAUCAUGAGAUCAUCGUUAUAAAGGUAGGUUCCCAGCCUUUGAGCUGUCUUCUCAGUGCUACCGGGUUUUCCUUCUCUCUAUUGUAUUCUUUCCUGCACAUCAUCAUUCACAAUGGCGGGCGGAAAACAGCCAUUCAACAUUUUCAAGUUGAACCGGGGAGACGACCCGAAGGAAGUCCUGAACUGGAGAUUAUGGCUCGCCGUCUUCUCCUUUGGUUUGAUGGGAGCCGCCCGAGGUGUCGAUGAAGGUCUCAUCAGCGGCACUCUCAGCUCGAAGAAUUUCAGGCACAACCUUGGGAUUAGCUCCCCCGACCAGAUUACCCCAGAGGAAUAUGCCAACAUCAAGGCGAACAUUUCGGCCAUGGUGCAGAUUGGCAGUGUCGCCGGUGCUGGACUCGCUUUCAUUCUAUGUGAUCGCAUAGGUCGUCUCUGGGCAACGCGUCAACUCUGCCUCAUCUGGAUCAUCGGUAUCGUCAUCUUCUUGACCAACAACGACAGCCUGGGCCAGGUCUACGCCGGUCGUUUCAUUGCUGGUUUGGGUAUCGGCCAGACUACCGUCGUCGCCCCCGUAUACCUCUCCGAGAUCUCCCCAAAGUCUGUCCGCGGUUUCUGCACAACCACUUUCUCUGGAUCCGUCUACCUCGGUAUCAUGUUGGCAUACUUUGCCAGCUGGGGAUCCUCUAUCCACAUCUCUGACAAGACCGACACGCGUUGGGUUGUGCCGACCACCCUCCACAUCAUGUUCGCCGGCAUCAUCUUCAUCCUCUCCUUCUUCAACUACGAGUCUCCCCGCUACCUCAUUAGGAGAGGCAAGGACGACCACGCCAUUGUCAACCUGGCGCGUGUCCGCAAUCUCCCCGUCGACCACCCAGCCGUUGUUGCUGAGAUUGCUGAGAUCCAGGCCCAGCUUAACGAAGAAAAAGAGGCGACCCUCGGCCUUGGAUGGAAAGGUCUCAUGAAGGAGAUGUUUCUUAUGCCAAACAACCUCUUUAGAAUCCAUAUUGGUCUUAUGUCACAACUCUUAUCACAGUGGAGUGGAGCCCAGAGCAUAACAAUUUAUGCACCUGAUUUCUUUGCAUUAUUAGGAACGACAGGCCAGAACGAGAAGCUAUUUGCAACUGCCAUCUUUGGCGUUGUUAAGUUGGUGGCAGCGUUGAUGUGCGCGUUUUUCCUCGUUGACGUUAUUGGCCGCAAGCGCUCGCUUGCCAUUGGAAUCUUUCUCCAGGCCUUGUCAAUGAUAUACGUGGCUAUCUUCCUCACUGUCACAGGAGGAAAGGGCUCGGAAGAUUACUCCAGCUCUGAGAAGCAUGCCAGCGUCUGCGCAAUCGUUAUGAUCUAUGUCUCUGGCUUUGGUUGGGCGAUGGGAUGGAACACCAUGCAGUACCUUCUCAACUCGGAGAUGUACCCUCUACGCAUCCGUGCCAUCAGCUCCAGUCUCGUCAUGUGCUUCCACUUCGUCAACCAGUACGGCAACAGCCGUGCCGUCCCCAACAUGCUGUUGAAGCCCAGCGAGGGCGGCAUGGGACCGGCAGGAACCUUCUGGUUCUUUACAGUCAUCACGGCGAUUGGUGGAUUGUGGGCGUGGUUCUUCAUUCCAGAGACGGCAGGACGCAGUCUGGAGAGCAUGGAUCGUCUCUUCACCCUCAAGUGGUACCAGAUUGGUACCAAGGGGCAACAGGAGGCCGAGAUGCAGCAGGCGGUCGAGACCGAGAAGAUGCAGGAGGAGGAGGCGAGUCGGGGGACUGCGGCGCAUACAGAGAGGGCGCAGGGUGUUUGAGGGAGUGG